AUGGCAGGCGAACAAGAUACGAGUGCAUGCGGCAAAGCAAUUGAGGAGCUGCAAAAAGCUAGAAUAGAAUUAAUUCCUGAAAAUGCAUAUUAUAUUCCUGAAUUUAUAACACAGCACGAGGAAGAGCAGCUGCUUCAAAAGAUCACAUCCGUUCCCAUCCCACGAUGGAAAUAUCUUUCCCGGCGACGUCUUCAAUCGUGGCCAUGUGCAUUGAGCAAAUCCAACACUCUUUUAGCCUCUCCCCUCCCACAAUGGUUGAUUUCGCCUAUUACUUCCCGAUUUACGGAGCUUGAGGUCUUUCGAAAUUCGCCUCACAAAGCUCCUAAUCAUGUACUUAUCAAUGAGUAUCUACCUGGGCCAAGGCAUCAUGCGUCACGAAGACGGGCCCGCCUACUAUCCCGUAGUCGCGACUGUGAGUUUGGGAGCACCGAUAGUGUUAGAGAUGACUUGGGAAAUGGUAUGAAUUCUUGGGUUGACAAUAAUAAUAAUCAACUAGGACUUCAUUCCCAAAGAAUCGAAUUUGAUAUUGCUUUCGCUGUGAUGAAUGAGUUUCCCGACAACAACGUUUUGUUGACAAGCACUCCCUUCGGCGCGGCUAGGAAAACGAGCGACAAGUAUAUCGCGCACUCGGCCGUAUAA